AUGGCGGAGGUAAUGCUACUGCAAAAAGAAAGCUCUUUCAUGGAUCCCUUCGCCGGGCGUCUGUUGGAGUAUUUUCUGCCGCAAACCUGUUCCGACGCAUUUUUCCAGCGUUACAACUUUAUAGACGGGCCGUGUCUGAAGAUUCUGCUCAGCAAAGUUGUGGGGAGCGUCAUCAUCCUGGGAUCCAUGUUGGUUAAGGUGCCUCAGAUCGCCAAGAUUCUGGGCGCGAAGAAUGCAGAAGGCGUGAGCUUCUUGUCGCUCCUGGGCGAGCUCUUCGCCAUCACCGGAUCGCUAGCCUACAGCUUCGCCAACGGCUUCCCAUUCAGCGCCUGGGGCGAGGCGCUCUUUGUCAUGUUCCAAACUGUCACCAUCGGCUUCCUGGUUCAGCACUACGGUGGGCGGAGUUGCAUCGGUGCGUUGUUCCUGCUGCUAUACUCCAUCACGCUAGCCCUCCUGCUGUCUCCGCUAGCCCCCGCGCCGCUGCUAGCAGCCAUGCAGGCCUCCAACAUGCCCGCCAUCAUAAUCAGCAGGGUUAUCCAAGCGGCUGUCAACCUUCGAAACGGACACACGGGCCAAUUAUCGGCGCUGACCGUCACCAUAUUGUUCGCCGGGUCGCUGGCUCGCAUCUUCACCUCAGUGCAGGAAACGGGCGACACCCUGCUGGUGGUCACCUACGUGGUGUCAGUGAUCGCAAACGGCGUGAUCGUGGCGCAGGUGCUCUACUACUGGAAGUCCACUAAAAGGUUCCUACAAGGCCCGCGUGCUCCCGAUGAUAACAGAGCCACGGCAGGUAAACGCGACGCUGCCCUCUAG